UUUCCAGUCAAUAAUCAAACGUAUAUAUACAGAUCUUAAAUUGCUUGGGAAGAAUCUCGGUCUGAGCGUUUUUGGAAACAACUUUAUCAUCGCGUGAAUAGUCAGCUACGUGUCCUGAUUGACCCCCGUGUCUUCAAACCACUGUUGUAAAUGGACAGCAACAUCUGGGUACACAGAUCUACUGCCUUAAAGAAUACUGCUGAGAGGAACAAUACAAUGAAAUACACUCCGUGUUGACACGAAUUUCAGUAAAUGGGCUGUAAUGACAUUACAUUUUCACAAGAUGUACACGUCGUUUUUCCUCGUACAUUUAUAUUAGGUUUGCGAAAAAUAAACCGCAGUAUAGUUUGACUACUUUUCUGUGUCCCUCCAAGGACUGAAUUUAUAUUUCAUACAAGCUACACUGAUGUGUAAGAAAAACGCUAGGAUUGCGUGAUGCUACACGUCGCCGCGGAGCACAGACUGAGUCUGUGAUAUACAGUAUUAGCAGCGACUGCUAAUACUAUAUUAGUAUUAAUAUCUUUGGAUCUUGGAAGAUCGUGGGUCCCCGGCGCUUCGGUGCUUUCCGCUCCACCUCGCCCCCUUUGCUCGCUGGCUCCGCCUGGCUUAUUUGUCCGGGAUGCUGCGUGCUGCCCCAUUUCUGCGGAAGCGGCCAGGUGCAGAGCACUGCGCUCCGUUUACCUCCACAGCGCCCGCUCCUUCGGCAAAUCUCUCCGGGUCCGCUCUUUGCCGGUCGGAUUAUAAAGUAUGAGACCCCACGCAAACUGCGCUGUCCUCCUCAUGCCUGUUGCUCUGCAGUUUAUGCUGGCUCCCUUGGCCUCCACCAGGAAGUGUGGCUCCAUCUACAAGGGCUUUGCCCAGUGCCUUCUUGCCCUGGGUGACAGCAUGGCUGACAGUAUGCAGAAGGACGAGGGCACGCAGGAGAUCGACAGCGUCUGUAGGUCAUGGGAUGAAUUCCACGUGUGUGCCAAUGCCGCACUGGCUGGCUGCCCGGACGAGGCAGCGGCAGUCUGGGAGUCCCUGCGGCAGGAGUCCCGGAAGAUGCAGUUCUCGGGAAACCUGUAUGACAUGUGCUCCACACGGGCCCAAACCCCGCCCAGCCAUCUCAGCCCGCCAGACCAGGGCGAGACCAACCAAGAGUCACUGAAGGCCACCGCGUUCCCAUUGGCUCCCUCCCACUUCCUGCUGCUAUUUGUGGGUUUGCUACUGCACAGGAUAUAGCUGGCUGGAGCGCAGGGGGCGGGGCCAAGCGCCAGGUAGAGAAUCGGGUUAACGGACAGACAGACAUGCGCGGGUUCGCGUCUCACUCCCCGAAGAUGAGCUCUCCCGUGGGUCUCCAAAGUCAGCUUGAGCCCCUUAGAUCCUGAUUCUUACUUGAUCAUACGUGUAAUUGUCCUCUUCCUCUCCAUCACAUACAGACACGCACACUCACAAACACAGAUACACGCUCAUUUUGUCAUCCCUGCUUUUUUUGCACUACCGAUAUUUAUUUUGCAGCCAAUUUUACCCAAAACAGUUGGGGCUCAGGGUCUUUCUCAGGAUUCCUAUAGUGCAGCUUCCCAUUCUGCUGUUUGGGGACCCACUGACAGGCCAUGUUUUUGCUCCCUAGCAAAAAUGUGGAUUGUCUGGCAAGGAGCUGGGAGGGAGCAAAAACAUGGACCGACUGUGAGUCCCCAAGGAGCGGACUGGGAAACACUGCUGUAGUGAUUUGGCCCCACUGGUUCUGGGAUCUGAACCCACAAUUUUCCAGACAUGGGCACAGAGCCCUAACCUACUGGACUGCACAUAACACAGACACAUACACACUCAGGCACAAACUCAGACACACCUCCAGACCCCCCUGUACAGCACACUUUGCUUGACUGGCUGCAGAGGACAUCAUGCUCUUUGGUCAACUUUAGGUUUUAAAAGUUGUGGCAAUAACACAGUUAUCACUGUCAAAUCUCUGAAUUGAACUGCAAUCAGUUUUAUAAAAACUACAUAAAUGUGUGAUAUUUAAGCAGUUUGGACUGUAAAUUAUCUAAAUUUGGCUUUGGUAUUUGAUUCUAUGUACACCCUGACCCUUCUUAUAGCAACAUACCCUAUAUGGCCAAAAGUGUGUGGACACCACCCUGAAUUACAGGAGCUGGUUAAUUAAGCCACACCCAUUGCUGACACAGCACACAGCCACACAAUCUCCAGGAACAAAUAAUAGCCGCAGAAUGUGUGGCUGCACAGGAGAGGUCAGUGACUUUCCACUUGGCACUAUCAUAUGAUGCCAUCUUUCAUCUUUUGGCAAGUAAGUUUGCCAAAUUUCUGGCCUGUUAAAACUGUCCUGGUUAUCGGCGAGGAAAGUGAGAGUGAAGCGCAGAGAUCCGGGAGCGAGACGGACAAGCGGCUGUCCCCGUGCGUUUGGCCAUAUAGUGUGAUGCAGGCAGCCUGGAUGCUGUUACACCCUCAGCACGUAAAAUGAUAUGCAACUUACUGACUUAAUGAGUUUUUAUGUUAAUUAUAUUCACAUUUCUAUCUGCACAUUUAUGCCCAAUAUCACCAGCAUUUCUGGUGCUCUCUUUGUGCUUAGAUGAUAAAACCUUUACCUCCUUCUUUGCCGGUUAAUGUAUUAAACCCUUCAGAUAUGUUUUCAGAGCGGUCACAAGAUUCUUGUGAUACAUUUUGUCAUUUUUAGUCAAAUAAAAGGGAC